UCUCGUUCAAUGUCUUAAGUGAUCACAUCUUAUUACUUCGUCAGGUAAUUGAUCGACCAGAACUAACAGAAGAAGGUCCACUCUUGAAUCAGUUCAUUAAGGAUUAUUGCAAUCGUAUGGCGGGACGAAAAAUGGAAACCAUACGUCAACAAAUGAAUCUUCCAUUGGAAAUUGAAUGGAUUUGGCAUGUACAUCGUCUUCAUCCUAUCGCUUAUUACAAUGAUUGUACGAAACAACUUUCAGAUGGACAAGUUCUGGAUAAGAAAAUUUGUCAAGUUCUAAAAAAUUUUCAGUUCGAAAACGAUUCAAUAAGUCGAGUUUCAUCAAUGGAUAGCCAUUCAUCAUUUGUUCCAUCAACAGAUUUGGCAAAGGCCGCCAUUCGUCAACGUGGUUUUCUUGAAAAAUUUAGUAAACAUUCUCUCUAUACACAGGAUUUCAUACUUGACUUUUAG